AUGUUAGCCCUGGUAAUCAGUACCGGUUUUACCCCCAGUCCGACGCCCCUGCUAGUACAGAUGGUGAUUAGUGGUGUCAGUGGAGACACUCGUUCUCUUUUCACCAGAGUGGGAGAUACUGUAAGUCUGUCAUGUACCAAUGUGGUUUAUCCAAACUGCUCCUCAACUACAUGGACCUAUCACAGAACUGGAUCACAAAAUGCUAUUGAAGAGGUUGCACUUGGGAAGAUUGAAACUAACUCAGAGAGAGCAGACAGACUGAAAGUGGGGUCUCACUGUUCUCUACAUAUUAGUGAUGUCAGAGCUGAGGAUGCUGGAAAGUACACCUGUCAACAAUACCUUAGUAAUGGAUCACAACAUGGAAGUGAUGCUCUUGUUCAUCUGUCUGUUCUAACCAGUGUCAGUGGAGACACUCGUUCUCUGUUCACCAGAGUGGGAGAUACUGUAAGUCUGUCAUGUACCAAUGUGGUUUAUCAAGACUGCUCCUCAACUACAUGGAACCAUCACAUAAAAAGAUUAGAGACUACUAUUGAAGAGGUUGGACAUGGGAAGAUUAAAACUAACUCAGAGAGAGCAGACAGACUGAAAGUGGGGUCUGACUGUUCUCUACAUGUUCGUGAUGUCAGAGCUGAGGAUGCUGGAAUCUACAACUGUAAACAAUACCUUAGUAAUGGAUCACAACAUGGAGGUGAUGCUCCUGUUCAUCUGUCUGUUCUAACCAACUCCUUGUCAACACCAGUGACAGAUGUAAAGCCUGAUAGACCAGUAACAUUAAGGUGCUUUCUGUACACAUAUGAAGGAUCUGGGAUAUGUUCCCGUGGUGUUACAGAACAUGUUAGUCUCCUCUGGGUGGAUGAGGCAGGUAAUAAGCUGAAGAAAGACUCCAGACACCAGGUCACACAAACAUCUGACUGUGACAUCACUCUGACUCUGACUCUCCAGAAGGAGGACAACAACAGGAAGUGGAUAUGUCAGCUGACUAUAAAUGAAAAGGAGAUCUCCAUUGAUUUCAACUUCAUGGUCCCAGGAAGUACAGCCUCUACUUCAGGACCAGUCUCAUCAGCCACCACCCCAUCUUCAACUGGAAGUACAGCCUCUACUUCAGGACCAGUCUCAUCAGCCACCACCCCAUCUUCAACUGGAAGUACAGCCUCUACUUCAGGACCAGUCUCAUCAGCCACCACCCCAUCUUCAACUGGAAGUACAGCCUCUACUUCAGGACCAGUCUCAUCAGCCACCACCCCAUCUUCAACUGGUUCUCCUUCAACACAGAACAUCCUUGUUGUUGUGGGAACGUCUGUGAGAGUGUUGGUGGCAGUUUCCAUGUCUGUCAUUGUCACUGUCAUCAUAUUACGCAGGAGAACCAAGAUUCAAAUGGCAGCAGAUGUCAGCCUUGGUCUUAAUGCAAUAAAUCAAUGUACCCCACAAGACAAUGAAGACAGGAGUCAACCUGCUGGCAGUAUCACCUAUGCCUCCAUCAACCACGUAGACCAAAAUCCCCUCCAGAGAGUUUUCACUGGCCAGAGCAAAGAAUCUGAGAGUUCUUCUUUUACCCAGGAGAUCCCUGUACCCCUAAAGCACAUCUCACAAAAUCAUCCACCAACCAAGGUCCAAGUGGAGCUGGACCAUGGGGGAACUUCUCAGAGACAAACAGCAGGUCACCGAUGAGGAGUGCCUCCAUGGUCUAGCCCUGGACCAAGCCAGGGAUUCAGGGCAUCGGCGACUCUGGCGGGGACAAGGUUGAUGUUCCCACACACAGGCCCAGCGGCCAGCCCAGGAGACACCCAAUUAUAUUUUUGGGGGAGGUGGUGCCCCUGCUGCCAGACCAAUGAGGGCUCAUUGAAAAGCUCCUGCUGUCAGGGGCGCAGGGGGUGAUGGAGGAGGAGAGGACCUGCCAGACCUCCAUUCCCUGCAUGUCGGUUCCCCACACCAGGGCUCCAGUGCCGGUCCCCUGCCCUGAGCACCCUCCGCUCCGGUACCACAUCCUGCUCCGGUACCAUAUCCUGCUCCGGUACCACAUCCUGCUCUUGUACCACGUCCUGCUCUGGUACCACGUCCUGCUUCGGUACCACGUCCUGCUCCGGUACCAUGUCCUGCUCCGGGGGGCAGCCUGCACCUGUCCCAGCGCCACAACCAUGGCAUGAUCGCA